AUGGUGCUUGUGGCUACAUUGCUAUUUGUGUUGGUUGUCAACUCCAACUCUUUUAUUCUAGAUGGACUUCCAAAGGCUGUGAACAUUUAUGUGUCAACUCAUGGAAAUGACCAUAACAAUGGACAAGAUGUCCAUCAUCCAGUCAAAACCAUAAGAAAAGCCGUGUCCCUUCUAAGUGUACCUAGUUUGAAAAAUACAGACGUGACCAUCAAUCUAAUGCACGGCUACCAUGAUCUGGAUGCCCCGGUGUACAUACAUCAUCAAUCCUCCCACACACUCACCAUUAAGGCUUAUAACGACCAGGAAGUCCAUGUGACAGGGGGAAAAAGGAUACCUAGUAACUCGUUUCAUAGAGUGUCUGACCAAGCGAUCCUUCACCGACUUCCACCAGAAUCACGGAACAAGGUAUAUCAAGUGAAGCUGUCUGAUGCUGGUAUAUCAGAUCUUGGACAGUUAACUGCUUAUGGGUUCUACAAAAUCAGACAGGCACCACUUGAGAUAUUCUAUAAUGGAGAACCUCUUCGAUUGGCGAGAUGGCCAAAUGAAGGUUUCAUUAAUAUAAAAAAUGUCCUGAGUGGAACUCAUGGGCGUCGAUUUUCUUACAACAGCGAAAGACCGAGGAGAUGGUCAUCUGAAGAUGAUCUGUGGGCUUACGGAUAUUGGUAUUGGAGUUGGGCCGAUUUGGCUGCUAAGAUACAUUCUAUAGACGCCGUACAUCACGUGGUAGAACUACAACAUGCAACUCACUACGGUCUACGAAUUGGACAUUUCAACAACCAGUCCAACGAAAAUAUCAAAUACUCCAGUCAGGGAGGAUACUUCAGAUUCCUCAACGUUUUGGGCGAAAUUGAUGAACCGGGAGAAUACUACAUUGACAGAUCCUCGGGAAUUUUGUACCUUUGGCCACCGACGUCCAAUGGGCUAAUUAGCAACCAUGACAUUAUUUAUUCAUCUUUAAUAGAGGACUGUUUAACCUUUGAUGGAGCCAGUAAUUUAGUGUUCAAGGGUUUUACUUUGGAGGCCUGCAGGAGGUUUGGACUAAAGGGCCAUAACGUCAGAAAUGUUAAUUUUGAACAAAUGGAGAUAAAGAACUCAGGUUCUUACAACAUUUUUUGCCCCGGGGACUCACGUAACGUCACCAUAACUCGCUGCAAUCUUCACGAUGGCGAUGGGGGGAUUUAUUUACAAGGAGGCGAUCGUACCACACUAACCCCCUCGGGAAAUUUAGUGACAGAUAAUCUCAUUUGGAGGUUUAGCCGGGAGACGGGGGUGGGGGCCAACGCCCUCGACCUGAGUGGUGUUGGGGCACGGGUCAGAUAUAACAAUAUGCAUACUGGACAGUACACGGCGAUAAGAUGGCACGGCAACGAUCACGUGAUGGAGUACAACCACGUUCAUCACACGUGUCAAAAUAGUUCGGAUUGUGGGGGUAUUCACGCGGGAAGAGACUGGACGUCGAGAGGGAAUAUUAUUCGCAAAAACCACAUUCAUCAUACACUUCGUUUCUUCCCCGGCGCAGAUGUCAGAGGUAUAAUGCUUGAUGACGAAUACUCCUCAGUCACGAUAGAGGACAAUGUCUUCUACGACAAUGAAGUUCACGCCAAUAUUGGAGGUGGACGAGAUAAUAUCAUUCGAAAAAAUGUUUUCUACAAUGCAACUCUGUCGGCCCUGCAAGUGGAUCAUAGAGGAACUGAUCAUCGAUUUGAUGGAACUCUUUACAAAUCUCUUCAGGAAGUACCUUUUAAGUCUGGGCUUUGGGCUUCGAGAUAUCCAAAAUUGGCAGUUAUUGAAGCAAACAGCCCAAACGAACCUAGAGGAAACCAGAUUUACAACAAUAUAUUUUUUGGUGCGAAGACAUCAUUCAUAAAUGGAUUGGUGCAAAACCCAAGCUGGUUUAAUGUAACAGACAACGGUUAUACAGAUCUUUCCUCUGAUUUCUUCAACGUGAAUGUGAAGGAUUUCAGACCAAGAUGCCUAUUAUCAGAAUUUACGAACAGAGUUCACUUUCCAACACCAGUGCAAUUGAAUGAAAUUGGUCCGCGGUACCCUGUGGGGCCCUCCUAUAACACCAAAAAAUACGCUGAACAUUCUGUGUCCACUUUAAAAUCCCCUUCACCGUGUACCACCUAUGCACCUGUAACGAACACACCAAAGGGUUCUUUUUUACCUGAUGGAUCCGCUCCUAACACCAUUCAUUCAACUCCAAAGCAUGGUUGCUGGCUGUAUGUGGAGAAGUGCACAGCUCAUCCAGAAUUGAUAUCCAAAAGUAGUACACAGUUUCAUCAAGACUCUGAUCCCAUGGCCAGUGUCACCCAGUCUAUUUGUCUCCAUAGAGUUUCACACUACGUCCAAUACUGUGGAACAGAAUCCUAUUUCCAUAUCAUAUUCGGACCAACUGGGGCAAUGACUUUGGGAGGAAAUCAAGGCUGCUUCUUUGCAGAAUAUGGAUGCCCUGAUCAUAAUUAUCAUGUUCCAAAGACAGGAAUUAUCCACCACGAUGCGUAUGCCGAGCGUGAACGAAACGGCUCUAACGUUCAGCAAAACUGUUUGUCACGUGCUCUCGCACAGUACCGUUAUUGUGGUAGCCAUGCCGAUUACCCGUACACGAGCAUAUUUCUACCAACAGGUAAAACUGUGACAGCAGGCGCCGGAUGUUGGAUUCAAAUGGACGCAUGUGCAGCAGAUUCUUCAAUACACACUUCCUUCUACGAUGCUUUAGGGGCAUCCAACGCUGGUUCAGACAUCAGUACAGAAACAUGUUUUGCCCGCGCAAAGUAUUACUGGUAUCGUUGUGGUUCACGUCAUGAAAAUCCUGUCACUGCCUUCUAUCGCCCAGUAGCACGCUCAUACACGUAUCCGCCAUCUUAACCUUACCUGUAUCUUGUGUUGAUAUUAGAAUUAAAA